ACCACUAAAAACAACCCCGCCCACAAAAAGCUAAAGCCAAAGAUAAAAUACACAGAAACCAAUCUAUAAAACCAAAACAAGACAUCACAAAACCAUCUCUCUCUCCACCUUCUCUGUCUUUCUCCCCGAGACCUUCAUUUUCUCUCUCUUGAAAUGGAGGCUCCACCGGAACUACGACAACCGCCACCGCCAAGUCAACUCAAUUUAGACAACCUUAAAAGCCUCAAAGUCCUAGGCAAAGGUGCCAUGGGCACUGUCUUCCUCGUCCACGACCAGGUCUCCGACCCGACUGCCAGCAAUCCAUUCGCACUCAAAGUCGUUGAAAAAUCCUCAAUACACAACAAGCUAGACGCGGACCGCCGUGCCCGGUGGGAGAUCGAGGUCCUGACCAGGUUAUCCAACCCGAAUACCCACCCGUUUCUUCCUUACCUCCUUGGGUCCCUCGAGACCUCCGACUUUCUGGCGUGGGCUGUUCCUUUCUGUUCCGGAGGCGACCUUAAUGUUCUCCGCUAUCGCCAAAACGACCGCGUUUUCUCCCCAGCGGUUAUAAGGUUUUACGUAGCGGAGGUCGUGUGCGCUCUCGAGCAUUUGCAUAACAUGGGCCUCGUUUAUCGUGAUUUGAAGCCCGAGAACAUUCUCAUUCAACAAUCUGGUCACGUGACUCUCACGGACUUCGAUCUUUCGCAGAGUUUGACUAGGCCGACAAUUAAAUCGUUGUUAUUUUCCUGUGAGGACCCGCAAGGAGGACUCGAUCAUCUAAACAAGAAGAAUAAGCAUCGCCGGAAUUUUACGCGGUGGAUUCUGUUGUUGCCGGAGGAUGGGAACAAGAAAAAAAGGGGACUGAGGAAGGCGAAAUCGGCCCGAGUUAGCCCGGUGAAUCGUAGGAAACUGAGUUUCUCAAAUGGUGAACGAUCCAACUCGUUCGUGGGUACUGAGGAGUAUGUUUCGCCAGAAGUGGUACGUGGGGAUGGGCACGAGUUCGCUGUGGAUUGGUGGGCUCUAGGAAUUCUGACGUACGAGAUGCUGUAUGGCACGACGCCGUUUAAGGGUAAGAACAGAAAAGAAACGUUUCGGAACGUCUUGAUGAAACCGCCUGAAUUCCUGGGGAAGCCCAACGCUUUAACGGACUUGAUCGGACGGUUGUUAGAGAAGGAUCCCACGAGGAGAUUGGGGUAUCAGAGAGGCGCGUGUGAGAUCAAGGAGCACGAGUUUUUUAAUGGGGUUAGGUGGGACCUUCUAACGGAAGUGUCACGUCCACCGUGUAUUCCGUCAAGAGAGGAGGGAGAAAUGACGGCAGCGGGGGGAGUGGAUAUACGAGAUUACUUCGAGAAAAUGAGGGCGCCACCGUCGAUGCCGCCAUCUCCGUUACCUUCACCAUCCUCAGAGUGGCGGAGAAAUGUCUCGUUAACGGAAUUCUGACAAUACUCUUGAGGAUCUGACACAUGUAAGAGAUAAUUAUAUUUUUAGAAUUAUUUCUAAAAUAUGUAUCCGUGUACAUAGAGUAAUAAUUGGUAGAACGUGAGGAACGGCCAAUUAGUAGUUGUUAGUUGUUGCUCACUACAUAUCUUAAACUAUAAAUAGUUUAGAUUUCGUAUCAUAUUUUAUACACACUUGUUUAUACUAUUAUACAUACAUGUAUGUGUAUAUACUCUUCUUAUUCUGCUAUGCCUACAUCCUACUUUGGCGCGUGCGUGCACGCUGAAC